AGACUAGAGCAAUCGAUGCCAGAGUGAGCGAUCAUUCGCCGAGCGUGGCCGGCCGGGUGGCUGCAGCAAGCAGUAAACGGCUCCGGUGGAGAUAGCUGCACGUCCUGUUAUUUUCCUACUCACAUCUCGGUCAAUGGCCCGCUAACCAUGACGGAUUACAGCGAAGAACAGCGCAAUGAGCUGGAGGCUCUGGAGUCCAUCUAUGCUGACUCCUUUACAGUCCUAUCUAAAUCUCCAGCAAGUUUCUCUAUCACUGUGUCAUCUGAAGCAGAAGAGGAAGAAGAAAAUGUGGUGUUAUCACUUAAAUUUACAUAUGUAGAAAGGUAUCCAGAUGAAGCUCCUCUCUAUGAAAUCCUUUCCCAAGAAAAUAUUGAGGAUAGAGAUGCAUCUGUUGUGCUGGGCUUAUUACAUGAACAGGCUCAGGAGAAUCUAGGAAUGGUGAUGAUUUUCACCCUAGUGUCUGCAGUUCAAGACAAACUUAAUGAAAUAGUAGACCAAAUAAAAACUAGAAGAGAAGAGGAUAAAGUAAAGAUGGAAAAAGAGGCGGAAGAAGCAGAGAAGGUGCGUUUCCAUGGAACUCCUGUAACAAUUGAAAACUUUCUUAGUUGGAAAGCCAAAUUUGACGUUGAGUUAAUAGAACUCAGGCGAAGAAAACAGAAGGAAGAAGAGCAAUCGGGAAAAAGUAAAUUAACUGGAAAGCAAUUAUUUGAAACAGACCAUAACCUAGACACCUCUGACAUCAAGUUCCUGGAAGAAGCAGGCAACAGCGUUGAGGUGGAUGAAUCCCUGUUCCAAGAUUUGGAUGAUUUAGAAUUGGAUGAUGAAGAUGAUCCAGAUUUUAACCCACUUGAUCUAGAGAGCGAUUAAAUAAAUGUAUUGCAUCCUGCACUCCUUGGAAAAAUAAGAAAGUCACAGUAUCUGUGACUAUAACAAGCAUACAUCCUUGGCUAUUAUUUUUUUAAGUCAUAUUUUAAUUAUUCGGAGACUAUUCUUCUGAUAACUUUCACAGUUGAUGCUGAUUAAACUGACUUAAAAA